AUGGCCACAGUAGCACCUCUGAACAUAGCACCAUCUGAAUGCAACACCACUUUGGGCACUGCAGAAGCUUUCAUUUGGCGGUCAAACACCAUCAAUAUGCAUGUCACCCGGCCGAAAUCUGCCAAGGGACGCACGAGAUCAAGCUUGAAUUACUCCCAUAGUGUGGAGGCCUAUUCUUGUAGAGUGCCAUCCUCCCCUCAGCCAGCAGCUCCCUAUGAAGCAGCAAGCAAUCAAAGAGCAUCUACCAAACCAUCUUACCAGCCAGGGCAGGUGUCUCCUGAUGAAAUCCCAGAGCUCCUCCAGCAAGUGCCCUUGAGGACCUCCUCUUCCCUAAAUAAGUACAGAGUGCUCCCGUCCAUCAGCAGGAAGGGCUUGGGGAAGAGUGCUGUGGAAACCGUGAUCGAACAGACCAACAAACUGAAAAUGAGUAGUAGACAGGAGGAGCAGCAACCAUCCAAAGCUCUUCCCAGAGAGGGAAAAUCCACUGGUGUAAUGACAGAGAAUGAAGGGGCUAGAGGGGAAUGCUCAAAAGUCCAGCCUCCCAUUUCUGAGAAGAAGCCGUUAAGGAAAACAAGAGAAGAAAGCUCUUCAUCCUCAGUUUUAAACUUGGAGGAGCCACUGAAGAAAGAACCAAGACUGCUGCUUGCCGUUAGGUCUCCUUCUGGUCAAAGAUUUGAACAUCACUUCAGGCCUACAGACAGCCUUCAAACGGUCCUUGCUGUGGCAGAACAAAAGAACACAACCAAAUACAAACGCUGUAGUGUUGAAACAAUGGAAGUGCCUAGGAGGAGCUUUCCUGACCUUACAAAGUCCCUGCAAGAGUGCGGGAUCCCACACAAGUCAGUGUUGUGCAUCCUACAGGAAGAACAAGAUGGAGAUCUCUAA